AUGAGCUUCUGGUUUCCCGGACAUGCUUGUAGCUUUGAUGCCUGCAGCCAGCCAUGGGACAUCAAGUCUGGCGGUUCAGAUGGUACACUAUCCACGGGGAACUCUACGGUCCGGUCCCAAGUUACCUACUUGGCUCCAGGAGACAAGCCAAUUGCCGGAACAGCCACCCAGCAGCAUUCUGCCAACCCGAGGAUCAUCUUUCCCGAGCCACUCGUGGGAAUGUCCGUCGCGACCUCGCGGGAUAGCUCGUCGGACCACAGGCAGCAGAAGCAAUCAGGACCAUGCCAGAGGGGGGAUUGGGUUACGUUGGAAGGUUGA